ACGGCACUUUUUUUUCAAUCCCAGUAAAAGAGUUUGAGCAGGAGCAGAGUUGUGUAUAUGUAGCAGGGGGGUCCAGCUGCAUCUGGGGGGUGACUGCUGAUUUUCAGCACAUUUAUUUUAUUUUUUUCUAUUUUAAUUUCUCCUUUUCCUUCGGGAAAUCCACCGCACGCGCGCACACGCCGAUUUAUUUUGGACGUACACAUUUCUCGUGUAGACCAUGAACAAACUCUAUGUGGGCAAUCUGAGUCCUUCGGUGACCGUGGAGGACCUGAAGCAGCUCUUCGGCGAGAGGAAGCUGCCCGUGACCGACCAGGUCCUGCUCAAAUCCGGCUAUGCCUUCGUGGACUUCCCCGACCAGAACUGGGCGAUUAAAGCCAUCGAGACGCUCUCCGGAAAAGUUGAAUUACAUGGGAAAGUGAUCGAGGUCGACUACUCUGUUCCUAAAAAGCUGAGGAGUCGGAAGAUUCAGAUCCGGAACAUUCCUCCUCAUCUCCAGUGGGAGGUUUUGGACGGCUUAUUAGCACAGUAUGGUACUGUAGAAAAUGUGGAGCAAGUUAACACUGACACUGAAACUGCAGUGGUGAAUGUGACAUACUCGACGAAAGAGGAGGCUAAAGUAGCUGUGGAGAAGUUAACAGGACAGACGUUUGAGGAUUACUCCUUUAAAGUGUCUUAUAUUAUGGAUAUGGAUGCUGCUGCGGCUUUGCCUGCGACCCGGAAUCGCCGGGGGGGAAGGACCUCACGGGAACAGGACUCUCAACCCGGGACGUCUGGAGGCUCCCUGGGAUCCCGGCAGAAACAGCCAGAUUUCCCACUGCGCAUGCUAGUGCCUACACAGUUUGUGGGAGCCAUCAUUGGCAAAGAGGGGCUCACAAUCAAGAACAUCACCAAACAGACGCAGUCGAAGGUGGACAUCCAUCGCAAGGAGAACGCAGGAGCGGCAGAGAAACCCAUCACCAUCCACUCCACCCCUGAGGGCUGCUCCACCGCGUGCCACAUGAUCAUGGACAUCAUGCAGAAAGAGGCUGUAGACACAAAGGUAACUGAGGAUAUUCCUCUGAAGAUCCUGGCCCACAACAGCCUGGUAGGAAGACUGAUCGGAAAAGAGGGCAGAAACCUGAAGAAGAUUGAAGAGGAUACAGAGACCAAAAUAACCAUCUCCUCUUUACAGGACUUAACGAUUUAUAACCCGGAGAGAACCAUUAUAGUGAAGGGGAGCAUCGAGGCCUGUUGUAGGGCUGAGGUGGAGAUCAUGAGGAAGCUGAGGGAAGCCUAUGAAAACGACGUUGCUGCUAUUAACCAACAAUCCAACCUUAUCCCUGGGUUGAGCCUGAGCGCCCUGGGCAUCUUUUCAACCGGUCUGUCAGUGUUGCCACCAGCUGCUGGACCCAGAGGCAUCCCACCCGUACCCCCAACCGGCUACAACCCUUUUCUAGGUCACUCAUCACAGCUGGGUGGUCUGUACGGCGUCCCACCUGCUAGUGGUAUCUCUCACCAGCACACACAGGCUCCUGAACAGGAGGUGGUCUACCUCUUUAUUCCAACUCAGGCUGUUGGUGCUAUUAUUGGCAAGAAGGGCCAACAUAUUAAACAACUGGCGCGAUUUGCAGGAGCCUCUAUUAAGAUCGCUCCUGCAGAGAGUCCUGAUGUCACUCAGAGGAUGGUCAUCAUCACUGGCCCACCAGAAGCUCAGUUUAAGGCCCAGGGCAGGAUAUUUGGAAAACUGAAAGAAGAGAAUUUCUUUACUGCAAAAGAGGAAGUGAAGCUGGAGACGCAUAUAAAAGUGCCAUCUUCAGCGGCUGGGAGGGUUAUAGGGAAAGGAGGGAAAACGGUGAACGAGCUGCAGAACUUAACCAGUGCGGAGGUCAUAGUGCCACGGGACCAAACCCCAGACGAGAACGAUGAAGUGUUUGUCAAAAUCAGUGGACAUUUCUUUGCCAGCCAGACUGCACAGAGGAAAAUCAGGGAGAUCAUCCAGCAGGUGAAACAACAGGAGCAGAAGCACCAGCAAGGCGCCCCCACAACACCACGCUCCAAGUGACCAUCAGGGCAGCCCCAGCGGGCACCUGCCAAUGAAUGUAGCCCUCCCAACUGGAACGAGACCAGACUGGGCGCAGGGGACCGGCCGGGCAGACCAGCAGCCGUGGGAUCAAAACCAAAGAACUUCUUUCUAGGGGAGAUGAAGGAGCCACAGGCCGAAGGGCUCUGAAUGCACUGCCAGCUCGGGGAGGGAGGGAGGGACGGGGAGAGGAAACGUCAGGAAGACAAUUGUUCAAAAACAACCCUGAGUAUGAGAAGAACAGGUAAUAGGGGACAGGGGGAAAUCACGCUCGCCCCAUUUAACAAUUUUCUUUAUAACCUCCUUUAAUUUAGGCUUAAUCUAGGGUUAACACAGAUAAGAAGCUCCAUUAACACAUGUACACUGAUGCAUUUUGACUGAGUUGUGUUGCUGUUUUCUUGGGUAGGUAAAGUGGGUGUGCACUAGCAGAUGGUAACCGAUGUUAGUUUUUUCAGAUUGCGAUUUCAAUGAUCCUCGGCAGUAUUCAAUACACUAGAACAAAAUACUGUUUUACGAAGCGGGAUUUCGAGUCUUGUUUUGCACAAGCCACCGAGCGUGUAGUGCACAUAUUUUCAAUUUUCUUUUGACGAUGGGACGUGAACGUUGAAAAAUGUAAAUGACAGAACGUUUUCUCAAAUCUUAGUCUGCAUUUCGGCAUACAUCCAGCACCACAGAUUUUUGUUACUUAAGCUUGUGCGCGUCAUUGGAUGCCGUUGAAAUAUUUCUAACCUUCGUUUUUUCUUACUUUCGUUUUUUCUUUCGCUUUAAUCGUUUGUACUUCUAUUCAGCUCUUACACUCCCUUUUCAUUUUCUACACCAGUGUUUUUUUGCAGUUGGUAAGUUUUACCUCGGCUAUGUUAUCAUGGCAAAAGUCAUUGCGAGACGGGCUUGAUAUGUAGUCAUUUUAAAUUCAAAAAUCUUCACCCCCUUGUUUGUUUUAGGGGGUAUAAAAACAAUGUAAAGCAAAGCAAGCACCAGCGUCUGAAAGACAGCGCACCUUUACUGGCUUGGGCAGAAGCGAAAUGGAAUGUGCACCAAGAACUCUGCCUUAAUCUAUGCUGAAAAGACCGCCGACUCAAAAUGUGAUUGGAGAGUCAGGUUGAUGUAGGAUGAGGAGGCACCUGUGGUACACACAUGACCGUGUUUGGCUUUAAAUCUCUUUGUCAGGGAGCUUUCUAAAUGGCAUGACAGCUGUGAAUGUACAAUAAGCAGCCUUUUAGAAAGCGUGCCACCCUGUCAUGUUUAGUGAGCUGGUCGGUCAGCGAGAUGGUAUUGUUUUAUUCCUUUGUGGAGAAACUGAGCAACUUCUUCACCAGGACGUGCAGGCAAGGAUGUCCCUUUGUGCUUUAUUUUUAUUUUUUUCUUCUUAUUGACCAUGGAAGCUUGUGGCCUUAAACGUCACCGGUCUAUGACAUCACAGACAGCUCCCUCGCCCAACGAGAGCUAAGCCUCAUCUUCCAGACAUAAGGUUUAUGCCAAUACACACAGCUUCCAUUUGUGUGUAUGCGUGUCUGUAUAUACAUAUAUAUAUAAAGAGAGAGAAAUAUUUAUAAAUCUAUUUUUUGUUUCCUAUUUUGUGACGAGAGCUAAUAAAAGACAAACAACUCUCUUUUUUUUUUUUUUGGAACACUGCCAUGUUUCUCUGAAGGGAAGUGUUUAUUUUCUUGGAAGUAGACUAUGAAUAUUGGUAGUAUACUAACAGUAAGAAAAGUAAUGAAUCGCCGCAACACUUUGAUCAGAAUGCGAUCGGUGCGCAUGUCAGUAUUGUGAUCUACCUCAGGCGUCAGGGUACCUCAGUCCAAUCCUUAUUUCCCUUUUGCUCCACCCCACAUUUUGUAUACCUUGUAAACUGAAAGUUUUAAACAGUUUCUUUGAAAUGCUGAUUAUAAUAAUAAUAAUAAAAAAUCGAAAACGUUAAGAAACGGAUCAAAGAGGAAUGGAUCUUAAAGCUUUUUAAACUUUAUGUGAAGUUGCUGGGUUCUUUAAUCUCAUCAUUUGUAAAAUAUGUUAAGGGCUUAUUCACACAGAAUGCGUCUUUGUGUCUAAAAAUGCAAGAUGUGGCGCUCAGGAAUGGUUUUUAUAAAAACGCAGUGUAGAGUAUGAGGGUAUCUGGACACAGCUAUUGAGCGCCUGUAAGCAGAAACUUGCAACACUUGCCCCUCCCCCAAGUUAUUCUGAUUGGUCUUUGGAACUGAUACCAAUGGGCACUUUGUGAAUAAGUAGAAUUUUUUUUUUACUUGACAGCAUCUAAAAAAGCAGCACAUGUGUACAGCUUCUAAAGAUACAAACAUUCAAUUUCAUCAAGUGUGUUUACUGAAAAAUAAUGCAAAAGUAGCGCAUUGGAAUGGGAAAAAUGCUUUCUGUGUGAAUAGACCCUAAGACCUGUUCAUACCAAGGGUAAUGUAAAAAAUUGUAAAUAAAUAAGAAACUAUAAUGCUAACUGCACAGAGAAGCUGUAUUAUUGAAAUCACUUUCUGGGGUGUUUCUUAAAACCAUUGGUAGCCAACUAUGGUCAGUUCAGUGAUUUUUGUAAUUUCCAAAACCAUAGUUCCAGCAACUAUGUAAGUUAAACUACAGCUCUCGGCCUGUGGUGAAAGUAUAGUUUCAUUGUAAAGAAUUAAUAAUAAAACAAAAAAAAUUAAGGAAAAAAAUAACGAAGCAGUCCUAAGAUUACAGCAAUAGUUCAAACAUCAACACAAUUCACAUUUACAAAAUUUAAUUUGUAAGUUUAAAACACAAUAAAAAAAUGCACAAAUCAAAUUCGUGAAUCCAAAACGCAAUUAAAAAAUUCACGAAUCCAAUUUGAAAAUUCAAAAUACGAAUCAAAAAUGCACAAAUCAAAUUCGUAGAUUCAAAACACGAUUCAAAAAUGCACAAAUCCAAUUCAAAGAUUUAAAACACGAUUCAAAAAUGCACAAAUCAAAUUCGUAGAUUCAAAACACGAUUCAAAAAUGCACAAAUCCAAUUCAAAGAUUCAAAACACAAUUAAAAAAUGCACAAAUCCAAUUCGUAAAUUCAAAACACGAUUCAAAACUGCACAAAUCCAAUUCGUAGAUUCAAAACAUGAUUCAAAAAAGCACAAAUCCAAUUUGAAGAUUUAAAACAAUUAAAAAAAUGCACAAAUCCAAUUCGUAAAUUCAAAACACGAUUCAAAACUGCACAAAUCCAAUUCGUAGAUUCAAAACAUGAUUCAAAAAUGCACAAAUCCAAUUCGUAAAUUUAGAACACGAUUCAAAACUGCCCAAAUCCAAUUCAUAGAUUCAAUACACGAUUCAAAAAUGCACAAAUCAAAUUCGUAGGUUCAAAACACAAUUAAAAAAUGCACAAAUCCAAUUCGUCAAUUCAAAACACGAUUCAAAACUGCACAAAUCCAAUUCGUAGAUUCAAAACAUGAUUCAAAAAUGACCAAAUCCAAUUCGUAAAUUUAGAACACGAUUCAAAACUGCCCAAAUCCAAUUUGUAGAUUCAAAACACGAUUCAAAAAUGACCAAAUCCAAUUCGUAGAUUCAAAACACGAUUCAAAAAUGCACAAAUCCAAUUCAUAGAUUCAAUACGCGAUUCAAAAAUGCACAAAUCAAAUUCGUAGGUUCAAAACACAAUUAAAAAAUGCACAAAUCCAAUUCGUCAAUUCAAAACACGAUUCAAAACUGCACAAAUCAAAUUCGUAGAUUCAAAACAAUUAAAAAAUGCACAAAUCCAAUUCGUAAAUUCAAAACACGAUUCAAAACUGCACAAAUCCAAUUCGUAGAUUCAAAACAUGAUUCAAAAAAGCACAAAUCCAAUUUGAAGAUUUAAAACAAUUUAAAAAAUGCACAAAUCCAAUUCGUCAAUUCAAAACACGAUUCAAAACUGCACAAAUCAAAUUCGUAGAUUCAAAACAAUUAAAAAAUGCACAAAUCCAAUUCGUAAAUUCAAAACACGAUUCAAAACUGCACAAAUCCAAUUCGUAGAUUCAAAACAUGAUUCAAAAAUGCACAAAUCCAAUUCGUAAAUUUAGGACACGAUUCAAAACUGCCCAAAUCCAAUUUGUAGAUUCAAAACACGAUUCAAAAAUGACCAAAUCCAAUUCGUAGAUUCAAAACACGAUUCAAAAAUGACCAAAUCCAAUUCGUAGAUUCAAAACACGAUUCAAAAAUGCACAAAUCAAAUUCGUAGGUUCAAAACACAAUUAAAAAAUGCACAAAUCCAAUUCGUCAAUUCAAAACACGAUUCAAAACUGCACAAAUCCAAUUCGUAGAUUCAAAACACGAUUCAAAAAUGCACAAAUCCAAUUUGAAGAUUUAAAACACAAUUAAAAAAUGCACAAAUCCAAUUCGUAAAUUCAAAACACGAUUCAAAACUGCACAAAUCCAAUUCGUAGAUUCAAAAUAUGAUUCAAAAAUGCACAAAUAUAAUUCGUAAAUUUAGAACACAAUUCAAAAAUGGCCAAAUCCAAUUUGUAGAUUCAAAACACGAUUCAAAAAUGACCAAAUCCAAUUCGUAGAUUCAAAACGCGAUUCAAAAAUGGCCAAAUCCAAUUCGUAGAUUCAAAACACUAUUCAAAAAUGCACAAAUCCAAUUCAUAGAUUCAAUACACGAUUCAAAAAUGCACAAAUCAAAUUCGUAGGUUCAAAACACAAUUAAAAAAUGCACAAAUCCAAUUCGUCAAUUCAAAACACGAUUCAAAACUGCACAAAUCCAAUUCGUAGAUUCAAAACACGAUUCAAAAAUGCACAAAUCCAAUUUGAAGAUUUAAAACACAAUUAAAAAAUGCACAAAUCCAAUUCGUAAAUUCAAAACACGAUUCAAAACUGCACAAAUCCAAUUCGUAGAUUCAAAAUAUGAUUAAAAAAUGCACAAAUAUAAUUCGUAAAUUUAGAACACAAUUCAAAAAUGGCCAAAUCCAAUUUGUAGAUUCAAAACACGAUUAAAAAAUGACCAAAUCCAAUUCGUAGAUUCAAACCACUAUUAAAAACUGCACAAAUCAAAUUCGUAGAUUCAAAACACGAUUCAAAAAUGCACAAAUCCAAUUUGAAGAUUUAAAACACAAUUAAAAAAUGCACAAAUCCAAUUCGUAAAUUCAAAACACGAUUCAAAACUGCACAAAUCCAAUUCGUAGAUUCAAAAUAUGAUUCAAAAAUGCACAAAUAUAAUUCGUAAAUUUAGAACACAAUUCAAAAAUGGCCAAAUCCAAUUUGUAGAUUCAAAACACGAUUCAAAAAUGACCAAAUCCAAUUCGUAGAUUCAAAACGCGAUUCAAAAAUGGCCAAAUCCAAUUCGUAGAUUCAAAACACUAUUCAAAAAUGCACAAAUCCAAUUCAUAGAUUCAAUACACGAUUCAAAAAUGCACAAAUCAAAUUCGUAGGUUCAAAACACAAUUAAAAAAUGCACAAAUCCAAUUCGUCAAUUCAAAACACGAUUCAAAACUGCACAAAUCCAAUUCGUAGAUUCAAAACACGAUUCAAAAAUGCACAAAUCCAAUUUGAAGAUUUAAAACACAAUUAAAAAAUGCACAAAUCCAAUUCGUAAAUUCAAAACACGAUUCAAAACUGCACAAAUCCAAUUCGUAGAUUCAAAAUAUGAUUAAAAAAUGCACAAAUAUAAUUCGUAAAUUUAGAACACAAUUCAAAAAUGGCCAAAUCCAAUUUGUAGAUUCAAAACACGAUUAAAAAAUGACCAAAUCCAAUUCGUAGAUUCAAAACACUAUUAAAAACUGCACAAAUCAAAUUCGUAGAUUCAAAUCACGAUUCAAAAAUGCACAAAUCAAAUUCGUAGAUUCAAAACACAAUAAAAAAUGCACAAAUCCAAUUCGUAGAUUGAAAACACAAUAAAAAAUGCACAAAUCCAAUUCGUAGAUUGAAAACACAAUAAAAAAUGCACAAAUCCAAUUCGUAGAUUGAAAACACAAUAAAAAAUGCACAAAUCCAAUUCAUUUGCCGAAAAUAUUUAUGAUUUUUGUGUUGUAUUUAUGAAUUUUGUUUUGAAUUGACAAAUUGGAUAUUGUAAACGUGAAUUGUGUUGUGCAGGUAUGAAUUUUAUUUUGUAAAUAAAGUAUUAUUUUUGAGACUGAUCUGGCUCCAUAGUAUAAAAGUUACAUUAUUGUUUAGAAGUCAAUCCCAGAAUUUAUUUGUAUUUUUUUAACAGUAGUCACUCUUUAAGCUUGAAUUUUUAAAGAGGUGGGUCACGUUAUUGUUAUGAUACUUGGUGUGAACAGGCCUUAAAGAGACAGUUCAACCAAAUGUUUCAAUUUGCUCUAAUUUUCUCACCCUCAUGGCUUGGAAGCCUUUUUCUUCAAUAGAGCAUAGGUUUUAGCUGAAUCUAUGGUCCUUGGUAAUUUAUAAAAUAGGAGUCAAUGGGUACCUACAUUUUAAGGGUAAAAAACAUACAGGUAAAACAAAAUGAACACCCAUGGCACAUACUGUACAUUGAAGUCUUAUGAAGGGAAACAAUCAAAACGUUCUUUAAAGUUCUACUGAAGAAAAAGCUGGCCAGAGGGUAAAUAAAUUAACAGCAAAUUUUAAUUUUUGAGUGAAUUAUCCCUUAAAUUUGAGGACUACUUACCCAAAAGGGGUUCUGAAUGUGGAUACUUUAUACUGUUGUCUAGAUCAAUUCAAUUUUAUUAUAAAAAGACUAUGAAUAUUAUCCAGGAGCAGUUAUGUCGUCUGAAUCGUAAAGCAGUUUUCUCUUUACAUUUUAUAAAAAUGAGUCUAAAUUCAGGAAUAUUACAGUACACUCAGACCAAAUUUUGUAAUUGAGAUUGUUUUUUUUUAAACAAGGCCUUUCACAAAUCAAACCUGGGAUAAUAUAUAUAUUAAAAAAAAACAUUUCUUAAUGUAAUAUUUGACUGUGUCUGGUAAAAGUGUUCAUCAUAAUCGCACGAAAAUCACAAACGCAGGUAUUUUUGGCGCCUCAGAUCUGCUCUGACUCCAGUGGAUCUGUCGCCGGUUACUGUUCAUACGUGUUACCUCUCAAAAUCGGGAUGGAAGACAAUAGACGGUCAAUAUGUCAGGUCCAGGUGUGUGUGUGUACUCGCAAUGCUGGUUUGCUUUCAUACAGUAAUUCACAUGAACUGUCCGUGGACUGAACUGCAAGCUGUUCCACUUCUAGUUCUAUCAUUUAACCGUUUUCGGUAGAAGUGUGUUUCUGUAGACCUGUGUAAAUUGUAUAAUUAUUACUUUUUUUACCUCCUGAAGCAACUCGUACGAACUUAUCCUCAAAGAGUAGCACAGAUAUCAGGUGCAGAAGGUGUUUCUGUUAGUAAAAGGCUUCUUCUAGAUCAAGUUUCUAACGAACUUUAACUCAAGAAGCUGGUCCCUUACGGUUCUUGACUCUGUGUAGCCAGACGAGGCUGCUAUGUCUCAUUGAAUAAUAGACUUUCUGCUUAAUCUCAGGUGUUUGCUCAUUGAUGGAGUUCAGGUUGUGUAGCAGUUUGAUAACUCAGAUCACUUUUAGCUGUUAUUGUAACUGUAACACGCCACGCUGUUGAUAGACACCUAACGUUCUACAGUGGUUUUCUUAAGAGUUUGUAUUUCAGAGCUUUGUCAGGUGUGCAUCAGUAUUUAACUUACGGAAGCAUUAGUCGAUACAUGCAUUAACUAACAUCACACUGUUAUAUCGUCUCUGUAGUCUGGGAAUUAAAUUCUCGCUAUCCAUUAUGAUAUCCUGUAACAUAAUGCUAGAGAGAACUGAGGCCUUUGCAUUAACUUUAGGCCAAACGUCAUAGCUAAUAUAAGCCGAACGAAUCAGGUCAGUUUAGGGUAGCUGUUGUUUGUAGUGUUGGCAUGAAAUCUCAUCGUGGUCUGCUUUGGGCCCUAAAGCUUUUAGGGUAAGUGGAAACUUAAAAGUAGGUGCUGUUCUAUGUUUUUUUAUUCUAGAAUAGACCGCAGACACAGCUAUAGAUGCACAAAGUGUUUAACUCGGGAUGAGAGCAGGAAAUCAGAGCAAUGCAUGAGAAAUCAACGCAAAUCUUAGGCUGUGAAAACUUAUUCGCGCCUUUUCCACGGCAGAUUCAUUCCUACGCAGCUCUCUAGCUUCUCGCAUUAGUUCAUUUGGAGCGAUGUGAAUCCGAUACUGGGCUUGCUGCACUGCCUGCCGUGUCCCCUCAGCUGGAUAGUGGGUAGUCGAAUUGGGGGAGGGGACUGAGAGCUGAUCUUUUUUUUUUUUUUUGCUAACCAUGUUGUUUUGAAAUGUAGGUGAACUGAUGUACUGCUGAUCAACAUGGAUUUGAGCAAUAAAAAUUCUUUAUAAAAAUCUUG